AUGGCGGACGACCACUCCGCCGCUCAAGUCGUGCAACACGUUUACGAUGUCCUCACCCAGCUCCGCGCUUCGCCCUACCCGGUAUUGGAAUCGCCCGAGUCCAUGAAGCGACGCGCCUCUGUCGCCCUGAUCAUUCGCAUUUCUCCUUCCUCCGCCCAUUGGAGCCCGACAAACCCAGAAGAGAGCCACGAGCUCGACUCAUACUACGACCUCGACGCCUUCUUCCGUCAGGAGUGGGUCAAGCACGGCGACGCCGAAGUUCUCUUCAUCAAGCGCGCCUCGCGGAAAGGGGACCGAUGGACAUCACACAUCGCCCUGCCCGGCGGCCGACGCGAUCCGGAGGAUGUAGACGAUAAGGCAGCGGCCAUCCGCGAGACGUGGGAAGAGGUGGGAAUCGAUUUGAAGAGCUAUGCAUUGGAAUGUGGAAACCUCCCCCAGAGACUGGUCACCACGCAUUGGGGCAAGAAACCUCUGCUCGUGCUGUGCCCCUACGUCUUCAUCCUCACCCACCACCAGAUCCCGCCGAUGAAACUCCAACCCACGGAAGUCGCCGCGACGCAUUGGGUGCCCAUCCGCAGCCUCAUGUCACCACUGCAACGUACGGUCGCUUUCGAGGACGUCUCGAGCCGCAUCGCGAACCAAGAAACGGGAGUAAAGAAAUGGAUGCUGAGCCUGAUCCUCGGCAAGAUGAUGUUCGCCGCGAUCAACCUCAUGCCGACCGAAUCCCUGCACAGCGUCGAAUCCCCCGGCCAAGAGAUCCUCCUGCAAGACAACCGCCUCUCCCCUCCAACCCGCACCGACCAGCUCAAAUCCCUCGCGACCCGCCUCUGGCACUCCGACAUCUUUAACCAAUUCCCAACCCCGAAAAAGGACGGCCCUCUCCUCCUCUGGGGUCUCACCCUUGGCGUCGUCUCCGACUACCUCGACCUCAUCCCUCCCCACAACGCCCUCACCCUCUGGACCUAUCCCACCUUCACACCCCUAGACGUGCGCUUCGCAGUCUGGCUCCUGACCUACCGUUUCAAAGACCGCAAACGCGCCGAGUUACAAGCCGGCACGCUGCUAUUCAAAGAUUACAAACCGACCUUCGGCGCCGUCACGGACAGCGUCGCACAUACCGCUUCCGCUCCCGCCACAGACCCUCCUGUUCCUGCUUCUUCCGAAGAAAUCUCCGCAUCAACAGUCCUCGUCGACCGGCCAGACGAGACCGGCUUCCACGGCCUCGGCACCGGCCGUGGCGUGGGCUCCGCGCAAGGCCGGAAACCUACCGUGUCGAGUAUGCUGGAAGGAUAUUACGACAUCGUCCGGAGAGCGGUGCUCGUGGCCAUCCUCGCCCGACUGGGUCUCUCGACUGUCUUGGCGGUGGUGCUGUGGAGGCGGUUCGGCCCCGAUGCUGCUGGGAGAAGGAGGGCGGUUUUCAGACCGACUUGA